UCAAACCCAUUAUUUUUUAACGUUUUUUCUCUUAUCACAAAUCAACAUUCUGAUAAAGUGGUCGAUGUUGUCAGUACUUCGCAAAAAUAUUGAAGACCCUUGGUUGCUUGAAUCACACUAGUUCUACACACAAAAGCACAAAAACGAAGACUUCUAUUCAAAAUGUAUACCCUCACCUGCUUGCAAGUAGCCUACGAAUUUUUAAAUCGAGAAUGGAUGUUUUUAAUUUACGGAGAACAAAAAGAAACCUGGUACAAAUAUUUAAACAACUGGAUUAAGCGAUGGUACUUGAAUAUCUUGAAUUCAAUCAAUUUCAAGAUUGAUUAUCGAUUUCCUACUCAGAAGAAUUAUCGAUUUCUGACUAUAGUAAUUAUCAUGAGCCUGGGUGCCUUUUUUGCAGCUUAUAAGAUAAUAAAAAAAUUACAAUCGCUUGAAGUGGUGAAGAAGUACGUUAUGGAAUUUCAAUGGUGGAGAAAUGAAAAUUCCAAUGAGAUGUCUCCGGCUUUUCACGAGAAUAAUAAUGAGAGUGCUGAACUAAAAGAAGAUUUUACCUUGGGGACCUCUUUAACAGCCAUCGUAAAACCCACGAUUCGAACGAGCGAAACAUGGGAAACCGUAAAAGCAAAAGACGAUGAAAGAAAUUAUGGAAAUGAAAAUAUUAGUUUAAGAUUAACCCCUUCACAAAAUUCGCUGACUUUGUCCAUGGCUGAAGAUGAUUCUGAUUCGAUUAGGAUACGAGGGAAAGUGAUCAGUACCAUGAGGAAGAUUUUUGAGAAGAAUUCGCAAAAUGACGUAAAACCACUGGUAAAAUGUUCUUCAUCACUUUACGUUGUAACUAGUAAAGAUUCUUUAAAUACAGAACUUCGUACAGAAUACAUUACUGAAAAUUCAAAAUCCCAACUUAAAGGAAAUCAGAAGAAAAGAAUGAAAAUGGCUGAUAAAACUAAUAAUAAUCUAACGUUUGCUGUUCAUGAGUCGAGUUCAGUUUUUGAAGUGGAUGAUGUAAUUUCAAGUGUAUUUGAAGAUACAAUGAGCCAUUAUCAGUGCUCGGUGUGUGCACAUCUAUCACCUGAUAUACCAACACAUCAUAGAAAUUCCUCUUGUGUCUCGGGACAUUUUGUGGAACGUUUACCCGAUCUUGAUUUAUCGCCUAUACAAAAUCUUUCACCGAAAAACAGAAGUCCUAAUCAAUCAUUAAAAAAAGAACUCUAUGAUAAAGAAGUUCAAGAAGCGGAGUCAAAAGAUACUGGACAAGGAUCCAGUGACCAAAGAUAUUUUUCAAAAUCUUUAUCAAGCAGUCCAAGACGCUCAGAAAAGUCAUUUGAAAAAUUUGUACCGUGUGUUGAUUACAAAAUAGGUUCUUUUGGUGAAAAAACAAUAAAUCGGAUGCACAGUAAAAUUCCAAGACGCAAUUCUUCUUCAGAAGAAGAAGCUACAUCUUUAACGAAAUCGGAAGCACUUGAAAUUGCAGGCUCAAAAAUUCCAGUGCCUUUGAGAAAAUGUCAAAUUAAUAAUUCUGCAGAAAUUAAACUACAUGAUACACCAAGAAAAUACUCAAUUAGAACAGAUUACAAAAAAGAAACAAAAAGAGUAAAUUAUUUUGGAUCAAAAGAAUCUGAGCAGUCGUUAGAGAAAUUUUUACAAUUGGAAAUAGCAACAGGGUGUUUAGAUCCCUUGUCGAAAAUCUAAAUUGUAUUUUAAAUUAUAUAAAUUAUUAUA